AGAUGUAGCAGCAAUUUGAGCAAAAGAGCAUGAUUGUUGUUGUGAAACAGAGGAUCGGUGGCAUCGUCCAUGAUUCAACGUUGACAGAUAUCCAGAUUCUGCACCAAAGACAACGUUCCACUUUCAGCUUUCAGUCAGAAAAAAGUGGUGGCGGCAGUCUGCCUUUUCAGACUCUGUCGAUCCCACCUGGAUAUCUUUCAAGGUGCAGUGGGUGAAAAAGAGCACUGGUUGAAGUUCACUGUGGAAGUCACAAAAUGCGUGUUGUAUCUUCGUUCCAUUCCAGGGGGAUGAUUCCAUGUACCGUAAGCGUCAUUAAGCAAAUCUCUUCUUCACUAGGAUUCCUCUUUUGGGUGGGUUAUGAAGGAGGUGGGUGCAUGUGGGAUACGGCAAUUCCAGGAUUUCUUGUGGUUUGUGUAUAACUGGAGCAUGCCAAGGAGAUCGAGGAGGAAAUUAGAGGUGAGAUCAAGCUUAGAGAAUGCUUUACAGUGACAGGGGGGAUGAUUGAAGAGUUUGCCAGCGCAUUUCGGAACAUGUGAUUGUUGUGCCAAAGGAGGUUCGGUGUUACGAGGGCUCUUGAGUGGAACAUUAUUCUUGUAAGAUACAAGGUAAUGAGGUGGGAGAGGACACAGUAGAGAUGCAGCUUUGAAGAACGGAUGUUGGAAUGUGUUUGAUGUCAGACGAGGAGUUGCCCAGAGUGUCAAAGUAUACUGUCGGCAUCGAGACGGGAGCUGGGUCUUGUGGAGUGGGAGACAUUCUUCUCUGCGAUUUGAGAGAACACGAUUACUGUUAGUGGGGCGUUUAUGAAUAGUGGGAGUGAGAAGUUUUCAUCAAGAAUUGUGACAAUGCCGCGGAACUGAAUCCUUAAACAGGGCGGGUGUGCAUUCGAAAGGCCCCAGAUUGUGUGCGUUGGCGGGGGACAUGGCCUCGAGUAAGGUUACUGCGAUCUGGUUGUUGGUUUCACUAUUCUUGGUAGACAAAGUCGUGGAGGGUAGGCAUCUUGUUACUUCGGUAACUGGUUCUAUGCAGAAUGAGCCUCGGCAGGUUCGAAAGAGCAACGAGUUUCCUGAGGGCUUUCGUUUUGGUACUUCCUCUUCUGCGUACCAGUACGAAGGUGCAGUGAAUGCAAGUGGUCGAGGACCUUGCAUAUGGGAUUCUGCUUCUCACACGCCAGGGGUAAUUCAUGACAACAGCACAGGCGACAUUGCUACCGAUCAUUACCAUCGGUAUCAGGAAGACAUAGAACUUAUGGCGCACCUGGGUGUGGGAACUUAUCGUUUUUCGAUUGCGUGGACGCGCAUUUUUCCAGAUGGAAGAGGGCCAACUCCUAAUGCUGAAGGCAUUGCUUUCUACAAUAGGCUGAUUGAUACGCUACUUUCGACAGGCAUAGAACCUUUCGUGACUGUCUCCCACUACGACCUGCCUCAAACUCUUCAGGAUGAAUUUGGGGGCUGGCGAAGUCGCCAUAUUGUACCUCUAUUCACGUUUUUCGCCGAGACUUGCUUUGCUGCCUUCGGAGAUCGAGUGAAAUACUGGAUUACUAUCAACGAGAUCCAUAAUUAUGCCAUCAAGUACACCAACAUUGGAUGUAGGAACCCUUCGGGCCUCUGCGCGCCUGGCAACAGUAGUACUUGGGUGUACACAGCUGGCCAUCACAUGUUACUUUCACAUGCUUUUGCGGUUGAAGUUUAUCGCACAAAAUUCCAGACAAAGCAGGGAGGCAAAAUUGGCAUUGUUGCAGAUGCACAAUGGUAUGAGCCUUAUUCUGACAAUCCAUGGGAUAUUGCAGCUGUCGACCGCAUGCAAGCGUUUCAAGUGCGAUGGGUACUUGACCCAAUUUACUACGGUAGAUACCCUGAAAUGCUAGUUGAUCGGCUUGGCGAUCGCCUUCCCCGUUUUUCAGAGGGAGAGGCGCAGUUGUUAAGAGGUUCAGUUGACUUCCUGGGCAUAAAUCAUUACACCACACACUACGCAGUUGAUCAAACGAAUUCGACUGAGCAGUUGGAUUCAGGAGCUGCUUCUGUUGGUUCACGAGGGGGCGUUCCAAUUGGACCUAAGGCUGGUUCCAUAUGGCUGAAUAUUGUACCAUUUGGUAUACAAAAAGUGCUAAAUUAUAUCCGGAUACAGUACAACAAUCCUAUUGUUUACAUCACUGAGAAUGGUGUUGAUGAGGACAACGAUCCCGGAAUUCCCCUAGAUGUGGCUCUCAAGGAUUCCUUUCGAACCAAGUACCAUGUGGACUACCUUUCGUAUGUAAACGCGGCAAUAAGAGACGGGUGUGAUGUGCGAGGUUAUUUUAUUUGGUCCCUUCUAGACAACUUUGAGUGGGACGAUGGACUCUCUAAGCGAUUCGGGCUCUACUACGUAGACUAUGAUCACAAUCAGACUCGCUAUGCUAAAGACUCUGCAAAGUGGUUCAAAGAGUUUCUGCGCCCGUCUCUGCGACCAAAUCAUGCUAAAAGCUGAUUCAAUUAGUUUGAUUGUGAUUUGGUUCAUUCUUCUUCCUCUUGUUGAUGUUCUUGAUUGUAUACAUAGCUGCAUAAUACCUAGACACAAUGCCAUGCAACCCAUAUUUGUAUUCAAAUUUCCCACGAAGCUGAAAUAACAGUCAGAGUCAACAUUUUUACGUUUCUUUACAGAUUGCAUUAUGAACUAUUGCUGGUGGAUCUCUUUGUCAUCGUCUCUUAAGUACGCAGCUUGUGUUGGAACCAAACUUCCAGGCAGAUGGCGUUUUUUCCAGCAUAGUUUAUCCGAUUUAGAACUUGUAUGGAGUGUGCCAGGUUUGCAGACUUUGACUUGGCAUGCCUAAUGCUUAACGUUGAGAGGCAGGGUAUCAUAUCAUAGAAUUUAACGAAAUUAAGUCCUUAGACAUCUUUCAUGGAAAGCUGCAUUAGUAAGGUUUAUAUUUGGACCAUAAUAUUUUGAGCUUCAAUUUAUGUUGAUGUGUACACAAAAGUGGUUUCAUUCGAAACAAGCACUGUGUGGCACAGAUAUUUGAAGUCGAACUUAGUCUAUUUAAUCAAUUAAGAUCAGACGUCUUGCAUUAAAGGUCUAGAUUAGGUCCUAUGGUUAUGUGCAUAAGCGGCGCGAAAGGUUGGUUCGUCUGAGCUGCCCAGUCAAAGCAGCCGCCUCAUUCCAAUUAGAAAAUAGAAAUGUAGACAGACUCUUGGAGGCCACACUAAUUGCAACCGCUGAUCCUUACAAACCAUUACAUUCAUUUGGUUUUGUGACACCGACAUUUUUAAUCAAAUCAUAUGCUGAAGUUGCUUCUGGCCUCAAUGUGCGUGAACUUGAGGAACAUUUGCUCCAAUCACAAAGACAUAAAAAACUAUUCAAGUGUAGAAAAUUACUGCCCAAAACAUGUUCACCACGUGGAAGACUGCUAUAUUACAAGUGUAAAGAUUCCGCCUUCUCCGCCCUCAAAUCCAGAGCCAUCCCUGCAUUUGAAUAUCAAGCUUGGGGACCAAUCUGACUACUCCCUGGAUUUCUGGGUUUGUCACGAUAUUCCUAUCACCAUCCCCAAGCCUGAGAAGUACGAGUUAGUGUUGUAGUAGGGUUAUUUGCUGUUUCGGAGGAGACUCUCACCUAAUUUUUAAAGCUUUAGUUCAAAACUGGAAUCCGCUUCCGCGUAGAAUUGUACAUCAUGCAAGAGGGCAAGAUGGGGAGCACAGAUGAAGAUGCCGACAUUCGGCGUCCGUCGAUAAACACUGAACCUCGCACACUUAGUGAAUCUACCAUCGAGCGAGCUUUGGUACACCUUGCAGUUUCUUUGAUAGGUUCUUCCAGGGGUGCUUCAUCUGGAGAGUUGCACAAAAUCAGGAUGGACUGGUAUUCUGAGGCCAUGGCAUCUCUCCAGCGCAGAUCAAGUUGAGCUUGUUUGAAGGUGAGAGUUUCUCCGCCUUUUUCAAUGCUCCUGAUGAAGACGUCGAUGAGUUUAUUUGGGAUGAAAUCAUGGUGUGAUUUAGGUGUGUGAUGGAGUCGUGUGGACCGUCGCAGAAGAGGCUCCGAGGUUUGUAACUUGUUUGACUGAGAUGGUUGGGACAUAGCACCAGCACUGUCCUGAGUAGUUCGAUCACAUGAAGUGGAUACUUGACAGUCCGGAUGUGGUGAGGACUGUGUUGGCCCUGAUGACGUGACUGCAGAUGGUGGCUCGCAUGCUGGUUGAGGAUCUGAAUGUGAUGUAUCGGCGUGAUCCGCUUUGAAGGAUGGCCCUGAAACGAUCUUUUCGGGGAUGAGUGCGCUGAUUUUUUUGAGUUGGUGGAGUUGUAACGGGUCAAUAUUGGGAAGUGACUUGAUAUCUUUAGAUACUAGAACGAGAUUCGCUGCGGGGUCAUAACAUCGAUAACCCUUUGUGCAAUUAUCUAGACUGAGAAGCAUGCAGAGUCAGGAUGUAGAGGAGAGCUUACAUUGGCCUUGUUUGGUGUGGGUCACGUAGGCGGAUGUGUCGAAUGCUUGCAAUUGUAUCACAUCGGGUUUAGUGCCAUUGAAUAGCUCUAGUGGUGUUUUAUCUGGAUGUCGCUCACUGGAUCGCAGAUUCAUGACAAUACAGGCUGCCCGGACUGCUUCGGCCUAGAGUGGUCUCGGUAAUUCAGUCAUUGAGAAAGCAUCUUGUGAUAUCGAGUAUGGUUCUGUUUUGGCAUUCAACUACACCGUUUUGGUGAGGUGUAAAGGCUUGACUAAAUUGUCGUUUAAUACCC